AUGGUUCAUUCGUCAUUGCCAUUUGAAGUGUUACUGUACUUGAAUUAUAAUUAUUUUAUCGUUUUCAUCAUUGCGGAAGUGGUGCUAUACCUUUUCAAAAUUAGCCAUCUGCCUUAUUCAACGGACGCAAUACUCAUAGAUGGACUAAUUUUCAAAUUCUAUUGCUCGAUUCAACUUUGCAGGAUACACGCAGGACGAAAAGGUAACUUGACAGGAAGAAACACAUACAUUAUUGUUUCAUUGUUACUCAUCAUUCCAUCUUUAAUUGGCAUUUUAUACAUUACAUUAAUUCAACUGAAAGUUUUGAGAUUGGAAGUAAUUUUAUGUUGUAUUGAGAUUGUUAUGGAAAUUGCCGAACUUAUAUUUGUAUUAUUUCAUUUAUGCGCUAAUAAAAGGAGUAAAUAUUAGAAAAAUGUCUACCUUGAAAAUUAUUAAUUCUUAUAAGAAAUAAAAGUUUAAAUGUUCUA